AUGCUCUCAGGAUCCAUCCCUCCAUCCCUUGGCUCGUUGGGGAAUCUGGGGGUCAUGACCCUGAGCUUCAACCAACUGUCUGGUGACAUCCCUGCUGAGCUCGGCUCGCUUCUCACCCUCUCAUACCUGCAGCUGAGUCAGAACGAGCUGAGUGGAAGCAUCCCAGAGAGUCUCUUUGCACUCGCGAAUCUCAACACGCUGGCUCUCAGCAUGAAUCAGCUCACUGGCACAAUCUCUGCACUCAGCAAGCUUGUCAACUUAGUGAGCCUGUCACUGGCGUCGAACCAUCUGUAUGGCUCCAUUCCCGCCAGCGUUGCCAACCUUGCUGGUGUAGUAACCUUUGAUCUCUCUCACAACCAUUUCACAGGCCCCAUGGUGAAGCCUGAUGGAGUGAGCGCGGACCUAUCCAGCAACUACCUCUCAGGCACUCUGACUGAGCCACCCAGUGAUGUCUCGCUGGGAGCCAACUGCUUCACUGCGUCCCCUGCAGGGGCCACAUGGUUGGCGGAGCAGCGGCCUGAGGCAGCCUGCCGGGCGUUCUGUGGAAUCUCCAUUCGCUCUGCUGCUGCUGCCUGUGGCGGCAAUGGGAUGUGCUACCCUGACGGGCCUAGCUUGGCGCCCACCUGCUUGUGUGAUGCGGGGUUCGUUCAGUUUGCAAGCAUCUACUGCCUUGCGGAAGGCUCGGUCCUAACCUCCCCUGUGGACAGAGAAAUUCUCCCGCCAGCAACCGUGCUCAGUAAGGGAACGAUGAAGGAAAUCAAGGGCGCGUUUACAGAAGACCCAGUGACCCUGUUCGUGUUUGAGAAAGGCCGGGAGGACGAAGGGUGCGGGUUCGAGCUGGGCUUUAGCGUCAACUUCACCUUUGCCCUUUCACCAAAAGGCAAGGCGGCUUCCAACGGCUUUGCGUUUGUCGUGUCGGCAACAAAUUCAGUGGGAACCAACGUUGGGGUUGGGUACGGGGGGGUGGACCCUCGCAGCAUGGCGAUCGAGUUUGACGUCCUUCAGACCAAGCCGCACGGCGACAUGAAAGAGCAGCACGUGGGGCUGAAUAUCAACGGGCAGGACAAGUCCAUUGCCGUUGUGAAGUCCCCAUUCCAGCUGGCCAACAAGCAGGCAUACACGGCAUGGGUGGACUACCAGCCUGGGCUUUCCGGCACCAUCCAGGUCUUCCUGGCAAAGGGGGCGGUGACGAGUGCAGGGAAGAGGGCAGGAAAGACGACAGUGGAACCAGAGAAGCCAGCCAAGCCGCUGCUGGAGAGGCGGCUGUCUCUGUGUGAGGUGCUGCGGCCAGAGAAGGGGGAGGAGGAGCAGCUGCAGGCGUUCUACUUUGGCUUUGUGGCGUCCACCACAGUCAAGCCGUUCAUGAGCCAAGUCAUUCACAAGUCUGCAAUGCACGCAGACAUUCCGCCACCACGGGCGCCAGUCGAUGUCACUCCAGGCAAGAAGCCCUUCCUUGCAUUUCACAUCUUUCCUUUCACUUGCUCGAAGCUUUUUAAUAUGACAAUGCUCAGAAGCCAUCUCCUAGGCUGCUGCUCACUCCCUUUCCACUUCACCUUUUUCUGUGCCGCCCUCUCUCCGUUACUCCUCUUUCCAACUCAAUCAGCAUUCGGCCUGAGUGUCACAGUGGACACGUAUGCGCCGGCACGGGCAAGCCCUUUCCCGCGCUACGUGAGUGCGGAGUGUGAACUGGCGAACAACAAUCAGGUCGCAUGGUCAUUCAAGGACCUCUACUCCUGGGACUCUGUGCCCUUCCUCGGCUGGCCCGUCAAGAACCAGGCCGCUUGCAGUGAGUGCCAAGCCAAGCCACCAGCCAGGGGACUAGGGGAGCUGGACUGGACUGGACUGGACUGGACUGGACUAAAGUGGGUGGCAGCAGAGGGGGCAGUGUGGUUCGAGUGGAGUACAGAUGCGUGCUGGGCGUAUGCAGUGGUGGCGAGCAUAGAAGCAGCAUACGGCCUGGCAAUGAAUGCAGAGGCGCCGCAGCUGUCAGUGGAGUCGCUCUUUGCAGCCAUGGGGCUCACCUCUCAACCCGACAAGUGCCCUGGUGGGGGCUCCCCAACAGAGGCCUUUGAGAAGCUGCUGUCUCUGCCGAAAGGGGGCGUCAGCCUGGUCGACAACCCGGGGAAGAAGUAUCCCAUCCAGGGAUUUGAGCGCACGUCCUUCAAGGGGUAUGUGGGGCUCAUGCUGGCAGUGCAGCGGCAGCCAGUGGUGGUUCACAUCGAAGCCUCUGCUGCCACGUUUACGAAAUAUGACGGGACGUUCAAGUACCAGGACCCUGCGUGCUACAGUGGCAACCUGAACCACGUGGUGCUUGUGGUGGGAUAUUUCAUUCUGAGAGAUGACGGCAGUCAGAGUCGCAUUGCCCCGCCGUUUUGGAUCAUCCGCAACUCGUGGGGCGAGGGCUGGGGAGACAGGGGCCACAUGCGCAUGGACAUUCAGGGAGGGGAUGGCGUGUGUGGCAUCAACGUGCUGCCUGGCAUCUACCCCAUUGUCAAGAUCCCAGGGGACCCAUGUGGUACCAAGAGCUACAAGGGCGAUGGUGACUUGCAGCCCAGCAUGAACCCGUGCGGUCGCUUCACCUGCAUGCCCAACACCAAGACCAACGGCAACACCUGCGACUGCCGCCUCCCCUCUCUGGACAAGCAGCCCUUCGUGGAGGUUGCAAACGGCUAUGGCAACACAUGCGCCUAUGUGGACGUGUGUGGGUCGUACUUCAAGAACCCCUGUGCCGUGGGCACAUGCAUCAACGAUGGCAAGGGCUCCUACUCCUGCAUCUGCCCUCCCAACCACGUCCCCAGCCGAACCAUCGAUGACUUCCCCACCUGCGACCCAGCCAGCGCAACAGUCACGAGCCUGACAGUGAGCGGCGACAAGUGGACGUGCGCGGACGUGUAUGGCCUCGUGGGCCUCUCAGAAGCGCAGUUCACCCAGCAGAACCCGGAUAUCGUCUGUUCCCAGGCGUUGCCCAAAGAGGCGGUGCUCAAGAUUGCCGGCACUCCCGCCAUCCCCUGCACGGGAUUCUUCUACACCCUCAACGGUGACAAGUGUAACUCCAUCGCCUCCUCAAUGGGUAUAACCAAGGACGACCUCAUGGCUCUCAACCCAGGCCUCUCCUGCACGCAAGCCAUCAAGCCCGGCCGCUCCCUCUGUGUGGAGCGCAACGCCAGCUAUGCCUACACAGUCCCCAAGUGUGUCAAGUACGCCACACUCACGGCGCAGGACACGUGUGGGAAACUGCUGGAGGGGGCAGGCAACCAGAAGGUUGAGCCCUCCUCCUGGGCUGAGCUCUACCGCAACAACCCCGGCCUUGUCUGCUCGGGUGCCAUCCCUAGCGGUGCCUCUGCUGUUGGCAGCAACACUGGUGUGCAGGUGUGCCUCAGGGCGGAGUACUGGUCGUUUGAGCUCGGCAGGUGCACCAACGGCCGGCAAAAGCCAGUGAAGCCGUCGCUGCCGUGUUCCGGUGCUUACCGCUUCUAUAGAAACACUGGCAUGAAGGUGGACGACGCGUUCGACUAUUACAACGGAGGGAGAUGUGCCGGAACGGUUGGAGGCGAUUACAUCUGCGUCAAGUAA